GGAAGAUAAGGCGAAUUCAGCUAGUGCAGAGUACCUUGAAACUGGCCAACUAGAUUCUGCUCUUAAGAAGCAAUGGCAGGACAACAAUAAGUUAAAUCAGCUUUUGAAAGAUGUUAUUGAGAUUUACAAAUUUAUCAAGAAUGAGGGAGCAUUCAGGAAUUUGACAAUGAAAACUAUGCUGUUGAUAUUUACGAUUAAUGUUGCUGGUAAUACUUAG